UUUUCUGUAUGCUGUGGGUGAUGCAGAGAACCUCAGCAAGAAUACAGUCUGCAGUGCUAUUCAUAAGGUCGCACAUGCUCUGACAGGGCUCGCAGAGACCUUUGUUGUGUUUCCUGGCACAUGUCCCACGCAGACGAUCAAAGAGGGAUUUUACAACAUGGCAGCCUACUAUUUCACAGGGUGUCCCACUGUCCCAGGGUGCUUGGCUGUAUCGACUGUACGCACAUACCGAUCUCUGCUUGUCUGGGAGAUAAUGAAGGCGACUAUGUACAUCGCAAAUCAUUCCACAGCCUCAACAUUCAGGCCACAUGUGACCACAGGUGUAUAAUCACGAGCCUUGAGGCAAAGUGGCCUGGGUCAGUCCAUGACUCGAGGUGUCUUCACUGUGUCACAAACUCGAGCAGGGGCUCUUCAGUGGAGUGCUGCUCGGGGACAGGGGUUAUGCCUGCCAGCCUUUCCUGAUGACCCCGUAUCCUGACCCUGCUGAAGGGCCACAAACACGU